AUGGCGACAAUGCCCUCAUCACGAUUCCUGCGACGACCCAAACUGGCGCCGACCCAAUUCGACGCCGCCCUCGCCCUCCUCGUUCCCUCGGCCCAAUGCGCCGGCAAUGCCUCGAGCGCAUGCUUUUCGACGUCAUCAGCGCGGUGGAAGAAAGACAACAACAAAAACAGAGGCGUCUCUGCCGUGAAGGCUACGGCGCUGCGACCACGGCAGACGCUGUCCGUCCGCCAAAAAGACUUUGAAACCCAGCAAUUGCCCAAGCCGGUCCCCGUCAAACACAAAGUCACGGGCACGCCCGACCACGGGCUAUGGGGCUUCUUCAAGAACCAGCAGCUGCUGCAGACACCGUUGGACGAGCAGAGACACGCUGACAGAGACACAGGCAGGGCGUGGACUGUUGGCGAGCUGCGUACUCGGGACUGGGAUGCCCUACACCAGCUGUGGUGGAUAUGCGUCAAGGAGCGGAAUCGCCUUGCAACUGAAAAGAUUGAGCGCAAGCGCCUCAAUGCCGGCUACGGCGACUUCGAGAACCAGGAGCGCGACAAGACGGUGCAGGAGACAAUGCAGGCAAUCCUAGACUCGCUGGCCGAGAGACGCCAGGCGUAUCGAGAGGCAUUGGUGCUGGCGCAAAACGACCCAGACAUUGACUUCUCAAAAACGGGCCUCCCGCGGUACACAACACCCCCAUAUGAUCCACUAGAGGCGGAUGACACACCGGACGAUACCGCAGCUGCGCCGACGAGCCAAGAGCCUGCAAAGGACUUGACAAUAGCGGAGCCAAAGGAAAAGGUUGUUGUUUGA